GUGCCACUUAGGUAGACAUCAUAUCACCCAUGGUCAUUCAGCUGGUGUGAUUGACUUGUGCCUCUUCCUGCUGCUGUGACCAAUGUGGGCAAAGAAUGGAUGACAGUGGGGACCUUCUGGAUCUCAGUUUUUUGACAGGAGAGGAGCAAAAAGUGAUAACUCAAGUUCUGCAGAGAGACACACAGCUAAGGGAGAAGGAUGACCAGCGAGUACAGAAACUCCGGUCAUCUCUUUCAGAUCCUCUUGUACUUAAAAGACUGUCUGGGGACUGGUUCAGUGAUGUCAGGGCAAGACGUCCUUGGGGCCAAGUUGGUGGAGUUGACAUAGUGAGGGCCUCUAUUAGACGGAAGAAGAAAACCAGAGGUGAAUGGGACCAAUGUUGGGGUCAGGAUGACAAAGAACUGAAUGGGGAUUAUGACAGUGAUGAUUCUGAGGAGGAUGAAAUAAAAACAACUGUAAUAAGGAUUUCCAGUUUGCCUCAACAGCAAGAUUCCUCUGAUGAAGGUCAGGAGGAGAACUCAGCCCCCAAAGAGGAAGAUGACAGUGACACACCAGAAGUUCUUCCUAUGCGUCGUCGCAUACCUAGUGUUGGAGACCUGGGAAUGGAAGAGAUAAACUUAUCAUCUGAAGCUAUAACUGGAGAGGAAAACCUUAACAAAAAUGACUUGACUGUCAAUAAGGGCCCAGUAGGUGAAAGUGGACACCGAAACCUUAACUACAGUCCAUCUGUGCCAACUUUGGGCAAUAAAUCUCUUUCUGGCAGCAUGAUGAGCCUGUUCAGUGCAGGAGAAUUCUGUUCUCUAGACGUUCAAGGCUGGAUCCAGUUUUCUAUUCAGUAUGACUCCCCCAAGAAGGAACUACGGAUUCUGGUUAUACAAUGCAGAGAUCUGACACCAGCCCAUAGUCAGACUUCUAAUCCGUAUGUGAAAUGUUAUUUGCUCCCUGACAAAUCUGUUCAAGGCAAGAGGAAAACAAAGGUGAAAAAGAAGACUUUAGACCCUCUCUUCAAUGAGACUCUAAAGUACAAGCUUGAGAGAUCAGAACUACAAAGCCGUUUCCUAAACUUGUCUGUGUGGCAUCGUGGGUCACUAGCAAGAAACAUAUUCUUGGGAGAAGUAGAACUGGAACUUGCAAUUUGGGACUGGAGCCAAACUCAGCCAGCAUGGCAUAAUCUUCAGCCAAGGACACCUCUCUCACCAGACUUUUUGUAUAGUCGUGGAAGGCUCAAUUUGGCUGCAAAAUUCAUUCCUCAGGGAGCUGAUGGUUUAGGACUUCCACCUUCGGGAGAACUGCAUAUUUGGGUGAAAGAGGCACAACAGCUUGUUCCUCAUAAAGCUGGAAAUAUUAGUUCAUUCGUAAAAUGCUGUGUGCUCCCCGAUGAUAGCCCAUCAAGUAUUCAGCGCACACGAGUAAUUCCACGUAGUUUGCGGCCAAUGUACAAUCACACCAUGGUAUAUGAUGGUUUUCGGGUGGAGGACCUGGCUGAAGCAUGUGUAGAAUUUACACUGUGGGAUCAAGGAGCUAUAUCCAGUCGACCCCUUGGAGGAAUUCGUCUUAGUACUGGUCGAGGAAACAGUUACAAUGUUCCAGUCAGCUGGAUGGAUUCUACAGAACAGGAAAAAAGAUUCUGGGAGACAGUCAUAAAAAAUCCAGGAGAAUGGACAGAAGUGACACUGCCACUAAGACAGAAUCUAACCCCCCGCUAAUAGCAUUUCAGAAAAGACCUAAUUUUACCUCAGCUAAGAAGGGAAGCUGGCCAUAGACAUUAGAUUAAUGCCAACGUAGAGUACCUCAGCUUGCCGCCAUCCCACCCCAUCCCUGUCUCUGAUUGGAAUGACUAAAAGUGCAUGGAGGGAGGAGAGCUGAGUGGCUAAGACCUUCAUCACUGCUUGUCCUGAGGGAAAACUUGAAGUUCAGCUAAAGAAAAUCCAGUGUACGUAGCCAUCUCCUGUUUCCCCCUAUAGUGAAUUUAUAGCAGGAUCUGCCCAUGCCUAUGCACUUUAGAUUACUUUUGGAUCUUGUGAAAAUCAAAUUUGCUGAAAAAACUAAUUUGCAUGGACAACUUUAUCCAUCACUUAUAACUGAAUAGUUUUAAAUACAAAUAGCAAAUAGCCUGUGCAGAGGCUAUUUUGCCAAAACUAAACAACAUUUUACCCUUGAGUACAGUUUAAAGUGGUUGUCCUAUUUAUUUAAAAAUGUUUGUACCGCUUGGAAUUGUGAUAACAUAAAAACAAAAUAAGCUAUACUCACCUGUUUAUUUCUCUGCAGUCAUCAUGUGCUUAAGUUUUUUGUUUUUUUAUCUCAAUCCCAAGCAGUAGAAAAAUGUUUAAAUAACUGGGACAUCUUAGUAGAUUACUUAAACCCCUUGUUUAGAUAUAUUUUUGAUUGCCCAUAGCUAAAUGUGAAACUUUUCCUGAAAGAUUUAUAUUACAACUUAAUAAAAUAA